AUGUCUAAUUUAUAUCUUGGUGUGGUUCCUGUAUGCCUCUUCGUUUUAUCGUUUAUCCUACCUCCUGCAAUCACUUCAGUAGGAGAUCGGUCAUAUGUAUUUCAUAAAUGCAGUAAGAAUUGUUUAAACGAAAUUUGUGAAUCUUCUCUGCUGUCAAAUAAACAAAACUAUUGGGAUGAAUAUUUCAACUCUUCACAGUCUGUCGUUUUUGAACACACUAUUCUCUGGGAUUGUAAAUCAGAGUGUAAAUAUCGUUGUAUGUGGAACACUGUUUCCGCAUUCGAAAAAGAUGGUUUACCUGUUCCACAAUUCAAUGGAAAGUGGCCAUUUGUACGACUAUGGGGUAUACAAGAACCUGCCUCUGCCGUCUUUUCUUUCGUAAACCUUAUAUUUAUCUGCUUCAUGUUUUGUCGAUUUUACAAAUGUGUUCCAUUCAAUGCUCCUAUGUAUAAAACAUGGGUUGUACAAACUCUAUUUUCUGUAAACGCAUGGAUAUGGUCUAUAGUGUUUCAUACAAGGGAUACAUCAUUCACUGAGAAAAUGGAUUAUUUUAGUGCAUUGGCAUUUGUGAUCGCCUCAUUUAUGGCAGUACAUCAGAGGAUUUUUAAUCCUAAUCGACUAGUGACAGUGCUGUUUUCUUCCGGUCUACUUGCAUUCUUUGCAAAUCAUGUAAAUUACAUGACCUAUGUUAGUUUUGACUAUGGUUACAAUAUGACAGUUAAUAUUUCAUUCGGUGUUAUCAAUUGUUUCAGUUGGUUAUUCUUUUCCAUGUACAUUUGUGAUUAUAAAAAGCAACCCUAUGUGAUUUACUGUUGGUUAUCUGUAACAUCUCUAUCAUUGUUUAUGUUAUUGGAAUUAUGGGAUUUUGUACCUAUUGUUUGGACGUUUGAUUCACAUGCCUUAUGGCAUGCUUCAUCUGUAUUCGUAAUUAUUCCAUGGUACAAAUUUAUAAUCGCUGAUUGUUUAUACUUGCUGAAACAGAAUCAACUAAAAAGUGGCGUGCAAAGUGAACUGAUCGAUUAUAUAAGUGAUAGUAAAAUAUGUAUUAGUUGA